GAGAUGGGCGGGUAAAAAGCGUGAUGGAGGAGUGUGUAUGCAUGUGUGUGCGGUUGGAGACGUUUUAGCUUAAAAUCGCAUUGCGUGUGAGCAAAUCAUCAUUCUUCCUUCUGCAGACGUUACAUACGUUCUACACCAGCUCCAGAUAUAUUAUACCAACUCCUCUCCUCUGCCGCCCGCAGCCACCGCAAUACACCUCUCUUACGGUACAGAUCAUCAGGAAAUCGAAGGCUUCAAUCAAUAUACAUAGAAAUAUGGAGCAUGAGCUGCGUGACAACAAGAAAACAAUAAGAGAAGGAGGUGAAGACCAUAUGAUUCGUUCAGAGAAGCAUGCAAAGACCAAUGAAGAUUAUUUAAAUGGUAUUUUUGAUCUGAAAAAUGAGGUCCAUGAAUAUAAGUGCAACCACAGCGGUGACAGCAGCAACAGCAGUAGCAUUACUGGUAAUAGUUCUUGUAAGACAUCAUCGUCAUCAGAUUCCCAAGAUUACUGUGACUUGGCAUUGGGGGUAUUUGAUUUCCCAUGGCUGAAAGAUGGUGUAAUCUCGAAAUCAGAUCAGGAGUACUGGAAUUUUGAAGACGUCUUCUCAUCACCCCUAGAAUAUGAUCAGAUUCACACAACAACCCUAAGUACUACUUCAGCUGGACCUCGUAUUGAAUUUUCUAAUUUCAGCUGGCAAUGUUUCUAUGAUGAGACUGAUCCAGAUAAACAGGUAGAAUAUCCAGAAGACAAGCCCAAGCUUGAGGAAGAUGUGUGGCGUGCGCCCUCUUAAUCAAUUA